AACACUACAAUACAACUGCAAAGUAAAAAGUAGACACUGAGCAGAAGUAAUUAUUCAAUAUCAUAUGCGUUAAAUUUUGACCUUAUGAUAAAAAAUAUUUUCAACAAUAUUUAACAAUAAAUUUAAGGCAAAAUAUACAACAUAAAUGGUAUCGGACAUCAUUAAGCAGAUAAUUGUGGUUAGGAAAUUAGGACUCUUCUUAGAAACCAUAAAAUCGAAUUGCACCGAUUUUGACGUGCAUCAACAGAACAACAGAAGUUAAAGUGCACAAUUUCAAUAUUUGUACUAAACAUAAUUAAGUUCCUAUAACUAUACCUAUCACUAUCACUAAUUGCGAUCGUAAAGAAGAGCGGAACAGAGACUUUGCGAUAGCCUCGGGGUCGACUUUCGUUUUUUUCGGCAUCUGGAGUUGAAUGGUAAUAGGAAGGCAGUCGGUCACUGAAAUUUAAACGAAAUACAACGCGAUGCUAUUACUCUACUUUUGCCUUCUAGGCCAUGUGCUCAGUGGCCUUUCCUGGGCGGCCCCUGCCGGAGAGGAUGAUCUCAACCAGGACACCCCGUACAUCAAGGAACUUCUGCGACACGCCAAGGCUGCCGAGAUAGAGAGCUUCAUGGACCAGAAGGCCGAUCCGUGCAACGACUUCUACUCUUUUGCCUGUGGCAACUACAAACGCAUAAACUCAGCAGAAAACCUGAAUGUAAGCGCGACGGGUCUUUUGUAUACUGUGCUCGAAGGUCUGGAUCGUAAGGUUUUGAAGAUGCUCACCACUGUCAACGAUACCCACGAAACUCCGGAGGACAUUCAGGUGAAGCACUUCUACAAGUCCUGCCUUCGGAUCAAGGAGCUCAACGCCACGUACACAGAGAGGCUGAAGCAGCUGAUCGCCGAGUUCGGAACAAUGCCGGUGCUGGAAGGGUCCUCCUGGCAGGAGGAAGACUUCGACUGGCUGGGGACCACGGCGCGCAUCGCGUUCCGCUACGGAGUAAGGUCUGUUUUCACGGCAGAGGUAAACACAGACUUGGCCAACAACCAGAUGAACCGCAUCUACGUGGGUGAGCAGAACUUCCCGCUUGAGACGAGGUCCAUGUACAUGGAUAACGCAACGGCCAUUUACCGUGAGGACUAUCGUAAUAACAUCCAGCGCGUUCUGCACCGAUUUUUGGGUGUGGAGCAGAAACUGGCCAAGCAAACGGCCAGGGAAAUAGUGGACUUCGAGGUGGACCUUGCCCAAGGACUGGUGGACCAGAGCGAAGGUUUCGACUUCAGUGAACUGACCGAGCUGCUGACUGUGAGCGAGGUCCAAGAGCGGUAUUCCCCCACUUUGGACGUAGACCGAUUGAUAUUUGUGAGCCUAGGGGAGAGAGUCUCUGACACGAUCUACGAGUACAACGAACGCUAUCAGCAAAAUCUUGUCAAAGUCAUUAAGCGAACACCUAAGCGCACCAUGGCCAACUAUAUCUUCUACAAUCUGGUCAAGCAUUUUGUGAAGACGCCAGCCGACAAGACGAAGAAGCAAAAACGGGAUUGCUUGGACGUCACCAAGGAGUUCUUUUUCAAGAACCUCGACAACAUGUUCUACCGUCGCUACAACAACGAGAAGUCUUCGAGAGCAAUCAAAGACAUGUGGCGCCAACUGAAAGCCACCUUUAAUGAGACACUGCACACGAGUCCGGCACUGGACUGGAUCGAGCGACCCACCAGGAAUUUGGCCAUCGCCAAGCUGCAGGCCAUGAGGCUGCAGGUGAGCAACUACGCCGAGGUUAACUUCACUGAAGAGUUCGCCAAUCUGGAUCUGCAGAGUGCCGACUACGUGGAGAAUGUUCGACAGAUCAUGCUGGAAGAGGCGAGGCGAAGCCGCGAGUUGCUUCGCAAGCCGGCCAAGCCGCUGGAAACGGACGAAUCUGCCAGCUUUACGCCGGCCAACGCUCUGACUGAGAACAUAAUCAAAAUGCCGGUGGCAAUGCUGCAGCCCUUUUAUAUCUGGGCUGAUGGCUACCCCAAUUCCGUGAUGUUCGGCAACUUGGCCUCGCUAAUUGGACACGAGCUGAUCCACGGGUUCGACGACAGUGGUCGAAAGUUCGAUGCCAAGGGAAACUCCAAUGACUGGUGGGACGAGAAGUCCAGCAGGAACUUCUUGAAGCGAAGGGAUUGCUUCACCAAGCAAUAUGGAAAAUACGUUUUCGAUGGCAUUCAGCUCAAGGAGUCCUUAUUGCAGGCGGAGAACAUUGCCGACAAUGGGGGAAUGCGUCUGGCCUACACGGCUUACAGGACGUGGUACGAAUCCCAACUGACGCUUCCCAAUGGCCGCUUGAAUUUGGCCAACGAGUUGUUACCCAAACUGCAGUACAGCGCUAAUCAGCUAUUUUUCAUCAGUUUUGCGCAGUCCUUUUGCCAGGACGUGGAUCCCAAGUUGAAGGCUUUUCAGGUGUUUAGCGAUACACACGUGCCCGAUGAGCUUCGCGUCAUAGGAACGCUAUCAAAUCAUGAUGAAUUCUCCAAGGAGUUCAACUGUCCUUCUGGAUCCCACAUGAAUCCCGUCCAAAAGUGCAUUAUUUACUAGAAACGAGCUGCUUUUGUAAAUGUUUCAUAAUACAAGAAAGGUUUUAAAACUAAUUAAAUAAAGUUAUAAUUACAGUGUGCUUAAAACAAUUAUGUCCAAAUGUUUAAUUCAACCAGAACGUUAAACAAAAAAAGGCAUUCAAUUGACAACUAAGCUGAUUUACCUUUAUCAGUACAUUUAAAACUUCUGCCAUUUAAAAAAAAUAAUACCUGUUUUCCUAAAAAUUGACUAGAAAUGUUUUAAUUAGAGAAGUGGGCUGCGUGUGUCAAAAAGAUUUCGAGUCAAUAAUUUAUUUUUCACUUGCCUUAUUUAAGCUUAGCAUGUUAAUAAUAAUUGUUAAACACAGUGUAUGUUAUUUUACAAACUCGGUUUUAACGCGAGUUUCUUUUAAUGUAAAAUGCCCAUUAAUUUUUUAACAGGCACGUCAUGGAAGAUUAAUAAACUACCUAAACAUCAAUUAUUCAAUUUUCAGUACUCAAUAAUUUUGUUCACGACAAUGAACAAAUUAUAAAACCCUAUACUCUGGCAAAAACACAAAUGUAUGCAUAUACGUAUAUUGCAUAUAUAGAUAAGUACAAUUUGUAAUUUAAAGUCAAUGUGUUUCGGAGUAAUGUUUCCUAGUGUUCUUGGCAAUCAAUCAACAUUGAAAACUCACAAAAAAUCUAAUUU